GUUUUCGGCCGUCACUUGCAAAAGGUUUUAGAUAAUGUACGACGCUGGACUACAAGAGACCAGCCCGCCAUAUGCGAUCUUUCUAGGGGGUGUUGGGGCCGCGACUGCCAUUAUAUUCCCCGCCCUUGGAGCUGCUUACGGCACUGCAGUGUCCGGCAUGGGUAUUGCCCAAAUGGCUGUGUCCAAGCCAGAGAUGCUGAUGAAGUCUCUCAUACCGGUGGUUAUGGCGGGAAUUAUCGCCAUCUACGGCUUGGUCGUCUCCGUGCUGAUCGCGGGCUCUAUCAACGAUGGCUACACCGUUCACGACGGCUUCAUCCACCUCGGCGCCGGCCUGUCCGUGGGCCUGCCCGGACUCGCUGCAGGAAUCGCCAUCGGCAUUGCUGGGGAUGCAGGCGUCAGGGGAACGGGCCAGCAGCCGCGACUCUUUGUCGGCAUGAUACUGAUCCUCAUCUUCGCCGAAGUCCUGGGUCUCUACGGGCUGAUUGUUGCCAUUUAUUUAUACACGAAGAUGUAGUCUUUUCGAUCCCAAUAAAGUGUCGACUCUUUCCCUUGAUACCUCGUGCCUCGACAUUCAAUUCAAAUUCGUUUUCGAUUAUCGUUCUCGUUCAAACAUAUAAAAAAAAAAUAAAUAAUAAUAAUAAAUAAAUAAAUAGAAAUAAUAGUGGUUUGUUGUGUAAAAUCUUCAUACACAAACAUUAUGGCAGAAAAAAGUAAAUCCACUCUUGAAGACUUAAAGAUUAAGCUCAAAAGUCGAGUAAAAAGCAUUCGCCGCUUAGAGGAUCGAUUAGAUCAAGGGUCGAUUCCUUUGCAAUUACCGGAAUUACAAUGUAGAUUAGAUUGUUUGAAUGCUUCAAUUGAAAAAGCUAACCAUUUGCAGGAGCAAAUCGAGGACAUAACAGGUGAUGAUGCAUAUGCAGCCGAGUUGGAAGAGCUGAUAAUUGUCACCAAAGGAAAUAUAAUGUCGCUUAUCGCCGCCUUUGAUGCAGCAAGCGAGACGAAGCCAGUGUCUUCUUCACCCCAACUCAUGCUAGACUUCCGAAAUUGGCAUUAUCCAAAUUUAGUGGUAAACACUCGGAAUUCAAAAAUUUCAUUAGCCUUUUUGAGAGACUAGUCCAUAGCGACAACAGCAUACCGGUGAUCGAAAAAUUUAAUCAUUUGAUUUCGUGCCUCUCUGAUGAAGCAUUAGGAACAAUAAAGACGUUCCAAGUCACCGAGGCAAAGGCCAUGGCUGGCCUAAAACGGGUAUAUGACAACGAUUAUUUGAUUUUCACGAAUAAUAUUUCCACAUUGUUCAAUCUGCCGAGAAUGUCGCAUCAAUCUGCAUCAUCUCUAAGAACUCUAAUCGAUACUGUUUCGUCGAUUUACGGAUCGUUACUGUCGUUCGGAGAUGAUACAAAAAUUUCGAAUGCAAUGCUCAUUCAUCUCGUUUUAAACAGAGUCGACCCAGUGACGAAACAAAAGUGGGAUGAACAGCUUACUUAUGAGAGUUGCCGCUUUGGUCCGACUUUGAGAAAGUCUUGAAUCGUCGAUACCAGCAUCUGUCUGCUGAAGAAUCGACCAAGCCAAGGCAAGACAAAGUCAUGCCAAGCAAGCAACAUAAUCGCAGUUCAUUUGCUUGUUCUUCCACUUCCA